GCCAAACAAGCAGUUUUCAGCUGGACAGAACCAUGAAGCUGCUGGUGUUGGCUUUGGCUGCUGCCCUGCUGUUUACAACUGGUGAGGCCCUUGACUGUCAUCGGUGUGUCUCCAAAAAGGCUGGAGGCUCCUGCGAGUUGACGGUGGAGACAUGUAGACCAGAGAAGGAUGCCUGUGCUGCUGCCCAGUUCAGCAGUGCGCCAUAUGGCCAGUUCCAGAAAUGCAUGGCUCUGUCAGACUGUCAGGCGCUGCAAGCCAACGCCUACAUUGAUAUCAAAUGUUGCAGCGAAGACAUGUGCAACACAUUUUAA